AUGAACUAUAUGCAUUGCCCAACAUCAAGAGCAGAAACCUUGAAGGUAAAAAAGACUAAAGUUUCCCAAUGUAACACCGUUUGGCUGAGUUCCAGCACCACUUGCGCAUCACAGCACAGAUUCGAUUGGAAUAGCUUUGUGCGGGAUCCUGGGGAGCUUAGCGAAGCACGUUAUCCUAUCACAUUAAAUACCUUUAAAACAAUGACAUACAGCAUUAAUGUUGCCCAACGCAUACUUGAGGACAUUAAAAAUUCGACCGGUCUCGACUUCUUGAGCGAUCAAUUUAUAGUAGACAGUUUUGAAAAAUUAUUACAAACAUUUUUAUGAGCAACGACGAAUUCGUGAAUGUAUAAGCUGGAAACAAAAGCGUGUCCGGUGUUUGUAAAAAAGAAAAUCAUGCAGAUACCAAAAUUACAUGGAAAGGGGGGAGGUAAGCGCUAAAGUCGUAAAAGAUAAGUAUUGAAUCUUCUGCAUGCCUACAUUAGGGUUGCCAGAUUUUGAAACGGAGAAAGGAGUACAUUUAUAU